UAAAGUAGUGAGUUGUGAAGGGUGAUGCCUAUUAAAGGAAGCUUCUUCUUGAAGGAAGAGAACUAAGAAGCAAGGAAAGUAACGUGGUUUUAAGAGAAAGAGAGAAAAGUUGGACUAUGGACCCGCUAUUGAUGUUAAUGUAACUUUAGAGAGUUGUUGUUUUAUAUUUUAUAUGUGAAAGACAAUCUCAUUGUUGUGAUGGUACAAUCAUUUUUUAGUUCAAGACAAUCCAGGCUUUUGGCUCUCUCAAAUCUCUUAAUCACAUAUCUACUAUACACAUAACACACCUCACUGACCAACCCCACCAGCCCCCUUUUUUGUUCUUUUCAAAGUUUUGAUUUUUCUCUUUGAGUUUGAGAUUCAUAGCAUCUACCCCAGAAAAUCUUGGUGAGAAGGAUAGGGUUGAAACCCAAAUCCAAGAUCAUAUAGAUUGGGUUUCAGGGAAAGGGGGAGUUUUUAUUGGGUGAGAUUGUUUUCAGUUAUGCUCUAAAGAGGGUUGGAUUUGGUUUGUGAGUGUUCUAGAGAGAGAGAAUUGAAUUGGGUAGUAGGGGUUUUUCGGUGUUCUUUGUACCUGGAGAAGGUUGAAUUGGGUUGUUUGAGAUUUUUGCUAUUUCUAUUAUCAAGUUACUGAAUUAAAGAUUGGGUUUUUAUUUAUGGUUUUUUUGUUUUUAGAGAGAGAAAGCGUUACAAAGUUGUAGUUUACUGUUGGAUUUUCAGUUUUAGAGAGAGAGAAAGUUGAAUUGGGUAAUUUCAGAUAUUGCUUAUUAAGUUCCAUAAUUGGAAAGAGAAAAAGUUGAAUUGGGUUGUUCAACCUAGAAAAGAAAAGAAGUUUUCAUAAGGUGGAAGAGUUCCACAGUAGUUACUAGCAUGGCUAUGGUGAGUCCUGUGUCUGCAAUCACCCAAAGGACCCAUACCAUUAGAGUGCAAAUGGCAAGUAGGCAAGAAAUUGAAGGAGACUCAGUGGUGAGCAGAAUUGAAGAUAUAAUAUAUGUUGCAGUAGCAAAAGAUGUGAAGGAUAGUAAAUCUACCUUGGUAUGGACAUUGCAGAAAUCAGGAGGGAAGAAAGUUUGCAUCAUUCAUGUUCAUCAGCCUGCACAGAUGAUACCCUUGAUGGGAACAAAGUUUCCAGCAAGCUCAAUGAAAGAACAGGAAGUCAAGGCGUACAGAGAAAUUGAAAGGCAACUUAUGCAGAAGACCCUUGAUGAAUAUCUUCUUAUCUGCCGCCGAAUGGGGGUACGGGCUGAGAAAGUACAUAUAGAAAUGGAUAGCAUCGAAAAAGGAAUAGUGGAACUCAUCUGCGAGCAUGGAAUCAGGAAGCUUGUCAUGGGAGCAGCUGCAGACAAACACUAUUCAAGGAGAAUGAUGGACCUCAAGUCUAAGAAAGCCAUUUACGUACGCCAACAAGCACCUGCAUACUGUCACAUUCAAUUUGUCUGCAAGGGGAACCUUAUCCACAAUAGGGAAGGUAAUUUACAUGGAGCUGAUGUCGAGGUUGCUUCUCCUUUGUUUCAAGUGAAUCCAAACAAUGAAACUGGACAACCAAACCAUUUGAGAUCACAAUCUGUUACAGUGGUGCCCACUACUCGGGUAGCACUCAGUAAUCCAGCUCAAGAUCUUUUCAGAAGAGUUAGGUCUGUCGAUAUUAAGACGUUUGGUUUUUCCCCAAUUAACACUGAAGGGCUUUCAGCUCCAAAAAGCAAUUUGGAUGCAGAUGGGGAUUCCUGUGAAUCAGACAGGUUAUCUGGAAGCAGUCCUCAUCAGGGUUCGGAUUACUCAAGCUUUUCUAGUGAGGUAGCUCCUGUUCCGUAUGUUGGAACUGAGGGAAGUGAGAAUGGAUUAGAAUUAAGUGAACUCCAUCAGUAUAAAGAGGAUCUUCAUCAGUCUUCCCCUCCCAGUGUACUGGAUGGAAGUAUAGAUGAUACUUUUUAUGACCAACUUGAACAAGCCAUGGCAGAGGCCAGAAAUGCAAAGCGAGAAGCAUUUCAAGAGACUGUCAAGCGUGGGAAAGCUGAAAAGGAUGCCAUUGAUUCCAUACGGCGGGCUAAAGCAUCAGAAAUCUUUUAUUUUGAGGCAUUGAAGCAAAGGAAAGAAAUGGAGCAAGCACUAGCAAAAGAAAAGGAAGAACUUGAAAAGGUUAAUAACCUGUGUUCCGAAGUCAAGGAAGAACUUGAAAUUGCCCUUGAUCAGAAAUCAUCAAUGGAGAGGCAAAUUGCAGAAUCUGAGCAGAUGGUAAAGGAGUUGGAGCAGAAGAUUAUCUCUGCUGUGGAACUCUUGCAAAAUUAUAAGAAAGAGAGAGAUGAGUUGCAGACAGAGAGAGACAUUGCACUUAAAGAAGCUGAGGAGCUGAGGAAGAAACAAGGAGAAGCCUCAAGCACACACAUGCCUCAGUUCUUCUCUGAGUUUUCUUUCUCAGAACUUGACGAAGCAACUAGAAACUUUGAUCCAUCCCUGAAGAUUGGAGAAGGGGGAUAUGGGAACAUUUAUAAAGGUGUCCUGCGUCACACCCAAGUGGCUAUAAAAAUGCUACACUCUCAUAGCUUGCAAGGCCCAUCAGAAUUUCAGCAGGAGGUUGAUGUAUUGAGUAAGUUGAGGCAUCCCAAUCUAGUUACACUCAUUGGAGCCUGCCCAGAUGCUUGGGCUCUUAUUUAUGAGUACCUCCCAAAUGGAAGCGUUGAAGAUCGCCUCAGCUGCAAGGACAAUAGUCCCCCAUUAUCAUGGCAAAUUCGAAUACGCAUUGCUGCAGAGUUGUGCUCCGCCCUCAUCUUUCUUCAUUCAUGUAAACCAAACAGCAUAAUCCAUGGAGACUUAAAACCAGCCAACAUUCUCCUUGAUGCUAACUUUGUUAGCAAACUUAGUGACUUUGGAAUCUGUCGUUUAUUAUCUCAAGAUGAAAGUUUAAACAACAACUCAACGCUGUAUUGGAAAACCGACCCAAAGGGCACUUUUGCAUAUAUGGAUCCUGAGUUCCUUUCCACAGCAGAGCUUACUCCAAAGUCAGAUGUUUAUUCAUUUGGAAUUAUAUUAUUACGAUUGUUGACUGGUAGGUCAGCCUUGGGGAUAACAAAGGAAGUUCAAUAUGCGUUAGAUUCUGGAAAUUUGAAAGUCCUUUUGGAUCCUUUGGCUGGGGAUUGGCCAUUUGUGCAGGCUGAACAGUUGGCUCGUUUGGCAUUGAGGUGUUGUGAGAUUAACCGAAGGAGCCGGCCAGACCUUGGCUCAGACGUCUGGAGGGUGCUUGAACCAAUGAGGGCUUCAUGUGGAGGUUCAUCUUCAUUUCGGUUGGGUUCUGAAGAGCAUUUCCAACCUCCUCCAUAUUUUAUUUGCCCCAUUUUCCAUGAAGUCAUGCAAGAUCCACAUGUGGCAGCAGAUGGUUUUACUUAUGAAGCAGAGGCUUUGAGAGGAUGGCUGGACAGUGGACAUGAUACUUCACCAAUGACAAAUGUGAAGCUUGAACACUGUAAUCUUGUCCCCAACCAUGCUCUUCGUUCUGCCAUUCAAGAGUGGCUGCAACAGCAUUGAAAAAUCUAAAGUUUCCUUUCUUCUUGGUACUACAUAUUGUUCAUACUUAUUUUAAAAAAAAAAAAAAAAAAAUACUAUUCCGUAUUUCUUUCAUUGGUUUUUUUUUUUUUUUUUUUUUUGGGGUUGAAUCUUGAGAGUUAGCAACCACGUAAAAUCGAUCCUGUUGUAUAUAAAAUACAACUUUUGUAUUUGCAAAAUGUUCUGAUCUCAUUGUAUAGAAACAGUAUCUCAUAUGACCUUUAUAUGAGGAUAAUAUUAUCUUUCAUUUUGUAAUAGUUUCUUACUAAUACAGGCCAAGAUCAGGAAAAUAUU